GCACAGGAGUCACAUAGGCGCCACGGAGAGCUGGCUGCAUCUCAUCCCUCUGCGCAGCCCCUUCUGGUUCGCCUACUCCCCAGUGCUGUCGCGGUGGUUCGCGCUGCCAUGGCGAGGGCCGCGCUUCGUGCGGUGUGUGGAGGUGGUGGGCCGCUACCUCCUCGCGUUUGGCACCGAUGACGACUCGGGUGGCUCCUACCCCUUCUGCCACUUGUCCACAAGGUGCCUGGAGCGAGGCCCUCCUGUUCCACGUCAGCUGAAGCUGAGCGACGCGAUUGGUGCGCACGGGAAGGUGGUGCUGUUCUCGUCGGUGAUUGGUCGGUGUGUGUACAUGGGCGUGUCGUCCCGGCCUGGCGAGGUUGUUGCGAUGCGACUGAGUGAAGACCUGGAGGGGGCGGAUUGGGGAGGAAGUGGAGGGGACGGAGGGGGAGGAGAGAAAGGGGGAUGGAGGGUGAAGAGGAAUAACGACAUGAAUGGGUAUGUGGAAGGGAACGAACAGAGGAGGGAGGGCAGCAACCACCAAGUGGACAUGGACGGAAUUGCCUUCCCCCUCCUGCCCUGUCUGCUCUCCCCAUCUCUCCUUUGCUCUCAACAGCGAUUGGCACAUCUUUUCAGCUUCCGUGUGGCGCGCCUCGACUUCCCUCUCGCGCGAAAGCGGCUCGCUUCUCACUCCUUCUCCGUCCACCCUCCGCCGCGCCGCGGUGGCGUCUGCGCGCCGUCCUCCCCCCGCGCGCCGGUUCAGCACGGCGCCUCCCGCCGUCUCGUCGUCGGCGCUAAGUACCUCGGCAAGUUCGGCUCCGCGCCUCCCGCGCCCUCCGCCGCCCCGGGCGCCGCCAACUCCGGCGUCGCUGCCGCCGCGCGCUCUCCGGCCGCCAGCAACACGAUCCCUGCUCUCGCGCGCCAGCUUCUUCCGCUCACCGCGGCGGUCGUGAUUCCGGUCGCCGCCACCGCCGCUGCGUUCGCCGCCGCGGGCUUCGGGGAACGCGACGCGGACCGGUGGUUCCGCAGCCUGAACCCACCCUCUUUCGCGCCGCCCGAUUGGCUGCUGGCUGCCACGUGGACGGUGCUGCAGCUGCCAGCUGGCGCGGCGUCAUGGAUGGUUUUGCGGCAAGGCGGAUGGGCGAGGCAGCGCGGCGCGAUGGAGAUCUAUCUGGUGCAACUAGCCGUUGGGCUGCUGUGGCCAAUCGUCAUGUUCCGCCUGAAAAAGAUCGACGCGGCGGCUGCAGUUGCUGGCGCCCUCACCGUCUCCUCCCUCUCCACCUUCCUCGUCUUUUACCGAGCCUCGCCUGUCGCCUCCCUACUUUACUUACCUAUGCUCGUCUGGCUCGGCCUUAUCUCUGCCAUCACCUACUCCAUCUGGACCAAUCACAGCGUGCUUCUCGACAAGCUAGAGUGGGACGAUGUGCUGGCGACUGUUAAGAAGAUCUGGAGGGAUAUCCGGGGGCUGUCUAGCAGCGGUGGCAGUGGCAGGAGUGGUGGUGCCAGUAGUGGCAGCAGUGGGGGGAGUGGAUGGGGCGCGGGGGGGUGGGAUGGAGGGGAGGAGGGGAGGCAUGGUAGUGCUGCACCGGAGGAGCGAGGGGAUUUCUGGGCAUCAAUAGGGAGGUGCAAGGGGGCUGGACUUUUGACUGCUCUUUGCGUAAUUGCUGUUGCUUCCGCGCUGUUGGUGCUGGGAUGCCACGCUCGGCCGCUUUCGUCGUCCUCCGAUGUGAUUGAAUCGGGUCCUCUGGACCAGCUGUGCCCGGCGUGCAUGUCGGCGGUGCUUCAGGCGCACAUGGUGCUGUCGGCUCCUGACACCGCUUCUGACCUAAUCGACAUCGUUGAAACUUACGCGUGCUCGCAGCUCGACGCGGAGAAGGAAGCCAAGUGCAACGCGCUCGUUGAGCAAUACGUGCCGCUGGUCAUCGCCGAAAUGGACAAUGAAAUCACCGUCGACAAAGUCUGUGUGCGGUUCCAUAUCUGCCCACCGAGUCCUGAUGAAACAAAUCCAGCCGUUGAUCUGACCCCAGCAACUCCAAAAGACAUCCUGGCGUACACCAUCCAGGAGGCGCUUCUGGGGGAGGCUGUAUCUGACCCCGAGGACGUGGCAGGUGCAGCAAAUGUCAUCGCUGAGGUGGCUGCUGUGGAGGAUGAGAACGCGCUGCAUAACCGGGAGGACUGUGUGGCGUGCCUCAUGAUGGUGCGGGUGAUCAGGAAGAGGCUCUCGGACCCCAAGAUGCAGGCACGCAUCAUGGACUUCGUUAUUGGAAGGUGCAACAAGCUUUCCAAUGAGAGUCUCACGGCUGAGUGCAUUAGCGCAGCCCAGGACAUUCUGCCGGUUAUUUUCGAGGAGCUGCCCAAGGUGCUGGACCCCAAGAAGGUCUGCAAGAAGGCUGGUCUGUGUUCCUCACUUCCCCCGGUUGAGGGUAUGGUGGGUGCUGGACACAGUGACGAUGAUGCCAAGCUUCCGUUGCUGCUUCAGCUGCCUUCAGACAAGAACUAG